CCGACCUUCCGGGGUCACGCGUCGCGGGGUCACGGGGUCACCGCGUCACGGGGUCACGGGGUCAGCAUGGCGUGGAGGAGCUGCGCGCUGCUGCUCAGACUGAGCGGAGGAGAUGUUUCACGGAGCUCCGCGAGGGGACCGAGGUGGCCCCACAGCUUCCAGCAGAGAUGCGGCUUCAGGAAAGCCACCAAGAAACCAGAAUCCAAGAAGGAGGAGCUGCUCCCCCCACAAGAGUCCUCGGAGGCUUUGGUCCAGCGGCGGACCCCGCCCCACAUGGAGCAUCAGGCUCCACCCAGCUCCCCCCGCUCCUUCAGCCGGCUCCUCAGGCCGCUCGUCUUCACCGUGGGGUUUACAGGCUGCUCCUUCGGCUCGGCGGCCAUCUGGCAGUACGAGUCUCUCAAGUUUCGAGUCCAGAGCUACUUCGACGAGGUCAGAGCCGAUUGGCUGGAGAAGCUGCGACCUCAGAAACGAGGAGACUUCCGCAAAGAGAUCAACCAAUGGUGGAACAGCUUGAGUGAGGGUCAGAGGACGGUCACAGGGAUCAUUGCUGCUAACGCCAUAGUGUUCUGCUGUUGGAGAAUACCAUCUCUGCAGCGCUCUAUGAUCAAAUACUUCACCUCCAACCCAGCCUCCAGUGAGUCUGCACUCACACUGUCACUUUCCACCUUCAGUCACUUCUCUUUCUUCCACAUGGCGGCCAACAUGUACGUCCUCUGGAGCUUCUCCUCCAGCGCCGUGUCCAUGCUGGGCCGAGAGCAGUUCAUGGCCGUCUACCUGUCUGCAGGUGUUGUUUCUACGUUUUUCAGUUAUGUGUGUAAGACGGCCACCGGGAGGUUCGGUCCGUCUCUGGGAGCCUCUGGAGCCAUCAUGACCGUUCUGGCUGCCGUCUGCACCAAAAUGCCAGAAGCCAAACUGGCCAUCAUCUUCCUCCCCAUGUUCACCUUCACCGCGGCCAACGCUCUAAAGGCCAUCAUCGCCAUGGAUACGGCAGGUGUGGUGAUGGGAUGGAAGUUCUUUGACCACGCGGCUCAUUUAGGAGGAGCCUUGUUUGGAGUCUGGUACAUCAUGUUCGGUCACGAGUUGAUCUGGAAGAACCGAGAACCUUUUGUUAAACUCUGGCACGACCUGAGAACCGGAGGAGGUUCUGGUGGAGGAGGCGCUGACGGAGGAGGCGCCGUGUAGGACGCUGAAACACCGGGGCUGCUGGGAAAAAAACCAACAUGUAAAGAUGUAUAAACUGUACAGACAGAGGCCGGCUCGCUGCACCAUUUGGCUUCCCUAGGACGUCUGGUGAUGAUUCAUGUUCGUAUUUAUAAACAUAACAUGAAGGACUCAGAUUUAUUUGUCUGUUUUUGUUCACGUUUGUUUGAUUUUUAGAGACAAAUAAUGUCCACCGUCCAAGAAGAUGUCAGAAAUGAAACUUUAAUAAAACUUAAAACAACAAUCCAUGGAUUAAUUUAAAGGUUUAUUUAAAGCCUGUCCAUGAUUCUGCAGAGUUCUAUGAUAAAUAUUGAAAUAACAUAAACACUGUAUCAGGUUCUCAUUAAGGUUCCCUCUGGUUCUGACUCUGAAACCAGGAGGUUCUGACUGUUUAUUUAUGUUUGCUGGUUUUCUUUUAAAUAAAUGAUGUGAGGCGAUGCUUUA